GACAAAUACAUUUGGAAGUUGACGAUUGAGAGGCUAGUAAAACAAGAGAUGUACCAGGCAUGUCUCUUUUUAAAGUCGGCUAGUAGCAGACUGCCCAGGGGUAUUAACUUGAAUGUGUCACUCAAGGUCAUCUUCGAGAGAUUUUUUUCUGUACGGCAAAAUAGUGAUAUGACCGCAAUGGCUGAACUUGUAUCCUGGCUCAUAACCAUGAAUGCUAAGGUGGAAACCAUUGGAAACUAUCCUCUUCAUGCCGCUCUAAAGCUGUGCAUACAUUCAGACCAUAACAACCUUUUUAAGCUCAUAUUGGAAAAGAAGCCUGAAUUCAAGGAUAAUAUCAAUCAAAAAGAUGAAAAUGGCCACACGCUUUUACACAUAGUAGCAUCUUCUCGUGUGUUUCUGAGCUACACGCUAAAUCGUCAAGCACAAGAUAUAAAGAUGCUCUUGGACUAUGGCUGUGAUUCUCGUAUAGCCAAUAAUGAAGGGAAGAAAGUAUCUGCUAUUUUGAAGAAAAACAAAAACUUUAAAGCAGAAGAAUUAAUAAAAAAACAUUUAGAAAAUCAGAGCCUUUCAAGAUCUCUGUCUGCUGAACAAUCAGAAGCCUGUAAACCUCACUUAAUUGAAAAUGAUUCAGCAGAUUUUGCUAGUGCUUUGGAACAGUUCACAGAUUUCUGUAAAAAUAAAACCCAGUCGGACCGAAUUAACAAAUUCUUUAAACACAAGAAAGUUAAAUCUUUUCUGGAUGUUCUUUCAAAAAUGAAAGAAAUCCCAUCCGAAUUUACUUGUGAUAUCCCAGCGUCCUUUGUUCAAAGAAUUAUAGAGCACUUAGUACUGGAGAAAAAAUGGCAGGACUUACUGCUUCUAAUGACUAGGAAUGUCAGUGGAGAUACUACAAUUGGAAAUCAAGGAUUGUUUACAAGAUACCCUCAACUGAAUAUUGACAUUGGCACUGUUCUAAACAACAUGGAACCCACAAUGACAUUUCGGCUGCCUUUAGUGACAUUGCUUUUGGAUCAAGGAGUUUCUUCAAAUGGGAUAAAGGCUGCCUGUGAGUCUCCAAUUCACGUAUGUUUAAAGAAAAACGAUUAUGCGUUGGCAUUUUUGUUGCUGAGUAAAGGUGGGAAUCCGCAUAGCUUGUCAAUGGAAGUUGGAGACACCCCGCUACAUGUGGCAGUUUCGAUUGCCUUAAAAAAUAAAGAUGAUGGAGUUUUAAUGCUAGCAUAUCUUCUUGACUUGUACUCUUCUCAACCAUCAAAGUAUAUGUACUUAGAUCCUAACAAGCAGGACAGCAAUGGGGACACCUUGAUGCACUUGCUUUUUAGAUGUAACAAUCAAAAACAAUGCCGUAAAGUAAUUGACUUGCUCGCAAAAUUUGACAUCAAAUUAACAAUACCAAAUAAGCAAGGAAAGGAUGCAAGGUACAGGAUAAAAAAUACUGAUCCACGCUUGACUGCUUGGAAUGAAGCUAAAAUGAUAUAUAAACGUAAAUCCUCUGUUUCUUCAAAAACUCUCAACUCAUCAAAUGGAGUAGUAGCUGCUAGACCGCAAACAAAGUCACCUGGUUUUAUUCCAUUAUCAUUUAAAACAAAGCAUGAUAAAACCUCAGUCAAAACGGACUCGUGUGAACAGGCUUCAGGCGAGCCUUCUUCUGAAAUAGAACACAAUAUACUUGUCAAACAGCCAAUGACUUUAAGAGAAAAAAUUGUUCAAGAGGUCAGAGAUGUCAUAAAAAGCCUGAUGCUGAGCAUGGUGCCAACUGAGCCGAAAUCUUCAAGUUCAGAGAUGAUUGCAAAUAAAGAGAAGAGUGGUGGGUUACUUGUGUCCUACCCCAACAGUGUUGCAGUGGCAAAUAACCACAGUGAAGAUCAAAAUACAGUGACUGAUGAUGCAAUGUGUUCUGGCAAUGGUUUACCUUUACUUUGCAAUAACAAUGAAGAAAUGGAAUUACAGGAAGCAGAAAUAGAUCUUACAAAGAUUGACUUCAAUAAUAUGACUUGGGAAAUUGAAUGUGCCCCUGAAGCCUUAAAAAAACUAGGCAGUAAAUCUGUACCACAGCACAUGAAAAAUAAAAUAAUACUUUCGAUUCAGAAACUUGGAAAUGGAGAAUGGACACGAAGUCUGCAUAAACAGCUGAAAUGCUCCAAAAGUGAUAUAAAGCUCUAUGAAGUUAAAUUGGACAAAGGAGCCAGGAUGCUGUGGGAGCUUGCAAUUGAUUUUUCUCCACGUUGCAGUGAGGAACCAGAAAAUAUAAUGGAAUCAGUGUCAUCUCAUUUUGCCUCUGAAAAAACUGGAAGAGUUUACACUGAAAUAAUUCGUAUAUGGGACAUUGUUCUUGAUCACUGCAAACUUAAUCAUGCAAUUGAAAACAUUUGUAGCGCUUACAACAGAGGCUUAAUGUGUAUACUGAGGAAAAAACUGAAACGAAUCACCAAAACUCGGCAAUGUUCAAAUGUAGAAAAUCGCAUUCCUAAAUGUUUUGUGGAAGACAUUGAGGAUGAAACAAACAAUGAUCAUCUUAUUCCAGAUUAUUUUCCCCCAGCAAGUUCAGCUGAAAUGGAAUUUAAUAUUAUGAAAUUUCAUAGCUUCAGCACAGACAUGGCCCUUAAUAUAUUGAAUAACUUGAAUACUAGAGUUGAGUAUCCCUUCAGAGUUGGUGAAUUGGAGUUUGCUGUGAUUGACCUUAAUCCAAAGCCUAUGGAAGCAAUCAUUUUAAUUGGGAGAAGUGGAACAGGAAAAACAACUUGCUGUAUGUAUCGUUUAUGGAAGAAGUUCCACUCGUACUGGGAAAAGGUUGAGUUAACUGGUGAACCUUGGUUUGUGAAGCAGACCUGGCAGAGAAGAAAAUACAAUGAAAAUAUUAAACAAGAUGAGACAGAUGAUGAAGAUACUGUUGAAACCGAAACAUCUGAGAGCACAGACGAAGAGCAGGCCCCACCAGAAGCAGAAGAUCUUUCUGAAGAGGUCUGUUCUCUAGAUUCAGGUGAUGGUGAAAAUGAAUCUGAGCAUUUGGAACACUACCAUCCAGUAUUUAUCACUAAAAACCAUGUCCUUUGUCAGGAGGUACAAAGGAGUUUUAUGGAACUAAGCAAUUCUACAAAAGCAACAAGUCAUUUCAAGCCAGUUGAACCUAAUGUUUUUAAGUUGCAAAGUCUCCAAGAUGAAAAUUUCCCUUUGUUUCUUACUUCUCAGCAGUUUCUGUUGUUACUAGAUGCGUCAAUGCCGGAUCCAUUUUUUCCCAGGAAUGAAGAUGGAAGUCUUAAAAGAAGCAUCAUUGGGUGGUCCACAGCAGAUGAAUUGGAUAUUCCAGAUUUGCUGAGAGAAGAUGAUGAGGUUGAUGCUGACUUAGAAAAUGAUGAAGAUGAAACCCCUUUUGAAAUGAAAGAAAAGGAUCCACGUGUUUUUGUGACAUUUGAAGUAUUUACCAAUGAUCUUUGGCCAAAGAUGGUAAAGGGAAAAUUUCCCUUUAAUGCAGCAUUGGUGUGGAAAGAAAUAAAGUCAUUUUUGAAAGGAUCAUUUGAAGCUCUGCAGUGUCCUCAGGGCAGACUUACAGAAGAGCAAUACAUUAAACUGGGGAAGAAAAGAGCUCCAAAUUUUCAAGGAGACAGGAAGGAAAUCUAUCGUCUCUUUUGCCUUUAUGAGCAAAUAAAAUCUAAAAGGGGUUGUUUUGAUGAAGAGGAUGUGAUGUACAAUUUGUCUUGUAGAGUUUCAAACCUUGAAGAGCUCCCAUGGUCAUUUCAUGAGCUGUAUGGAGAUGAGAUUCAAGAUUUUACUCAAGCAGAACUUUUUCUUCUCAUGAGAUGCAUUAAUGAUCCAAAUUCCAUGUUUCUCACCGGUGACACAGCCCAGAGCAUAAUGAAGGGAGUUUCAUUCCGAUUUAGUGACUUGAGAUCCUUAUUCUUUUAUGCAAGCAAGAAUUGUGCCAAUCGGGAGAGAAACUGCAUUGUUCGAAAACCAAAACGUAUAUAUCAACUGCAUCAAAACUAUAGAUCACAUUCUGGAAUUUUACUUCUGGCUUCUGGUGUUGUGGAUUUGCUGCAGCAUUAUUUCCCAGAGUCAUUUGAUAGAUUACCACGUGAUUGUGGCUUGUUUGAUGGCCCAAAGCCAACAGUCUUGGAGUCGUGCAGUGUUAGUGACCUGGCCAUAUUAUUACGAGGCAACCAAAGGAAGACUCAGGCAAUAGAGUUUGGAGCACAUCAGGUUAUUCUGGUAAAAAAUGAACUUGCUAAGGAAAGGAUCCCAGAGGAGUUGAGUUUGGCCCUCGUUCUUACCAUUUAUGAAGCCAAAGGCUUGGAGUUCGAUGAUGUUUUACUUUACAACUUCUUCACUGAUUCAGAGGCUCCCAAGGAAUGGAAAAUAAUUUCUUCUUUUAAACCAGCCUUGCAUGAGAUUGAGGAUAAGCGAACUAUUAUUGAAGUUCCCUUGGAUACCAUGGCUGCAACUACAACUAGACCACUGCCAAUGAAUCCUGACCUGCACAAGAUUCUAAACGGAGAACUAAAACAACUGUACACUGCUAUCACUAGGGCCAGGGUGAACCUAUGGAUAUUUGAUGAGAACCAGGAAAAACGAGCCCCAGCUUUUGGCUAUUUUAUGGAAAAAAAAAUUGUCAAAGUAGUGAAGGCAGAUGAAAAUACAGACCUUGAUGACAAAAUGUUCGUGAGAACCUCUAGCAAAGAGGAAUGGAUUUCAAGAGGAGAUUAUUAUGCUAAGCACAAGUUUUGGAAGGUUGCUGCUAAAUGUUUCCAAAAGGGAGGCGCCAAGGAUAAAGAAAAACUUGCCUUUACGCAUGAUGCCGUCUUAAAUUUACAGUCAAAAAAACCUAAGGACAAAAUGGAAUACAUAAGGCUUGCCAAAACAUAUUUAGAAUGUGGAGAAUAUAAACUGGCUCUCAAGUGCCUUACAUGGGCCAAAGAAUAUCAUCUCUGUGCAGACCUCUGCAAAAAAUUGGGAAAGAACAAGGAAGCUGGGUCUUUCUUUAAAAAAAUAAUGGACCACGAGGCUGCUGCUCAGUGCUUUGAACAGUGCGGAGAAUUUGAACUGGCUUUGAAUUUAUAUCUGGAAUUAAAAAAGUAUGAAGAAGCUGCUGCAGUUGUAGAAAGGCACAAAGGGCUCAAUCCAGAUGGACUCCUAUCACAUACAACCAAACAGCUCUAUUUAGAAGCUGCUGCUGAUCAUUUUAACAACAAUAAACUUAAAAAAAUGAAUGAAGUUUUGUCAAAACUUGACAUCGAUGACCACCUAUUGUUCCUUAAGACACGUAAAUGCUGGAGUGAAGCAGCUGACUUACUUAAAAGUAAUGGGCAGAGUGAGGAAGCUGCAACACUAAUGAGGCACCAUGGGAAAUUAUCAGAGGCUGCUGACUUGACAACAAAGAGAGAAUUUCGUGCCUCUUGUCUGCUUGCUUUAGCACGAUGCAUGAUAGAAAAAAAAGAAGAUCUUGGAAGUGUCCUUUUGGAGGCCAUGCAAAUUUUUGAAAAAACAGAGAACAGACUUGGCAUUGCAGAAGCUUUGUUGCUUCAAGGAAUUGUGGAAAGUGACUUUGAGAUGUUAUGUUCAUCAUACAAUACCUUUAGAUCUCUAUCUCAUUAUGCAGGGGUUGUUGAAGCGCUCUUUUAUUUUGUGAAGUGUGGGAACAAUGAUAAAAAAAUACUUUGUAUGGCUUCAGAUGGGUUAGAAGCUCUAGUAACUCUUGUAAGGGCGCUAAAAGAAACAAAAAAUAAUUCUGAGAAGGAAAUGGUUAAAUCCUGUCUUGAUUUUUUCGGUGUUGCACAAGUGGACAAACUUCAGUGCUCCAUUCCGCAGUAUGAAGGGGCAAGAAUUCUUAAGAUCCUAACAGAUGAGAACUUUGAAGGCAAAAACAUAAAAAAUAAGGAUAAAAUGUAUGUCUUGGAACUGCACGCCUUGAAAUCUGUUCUAGAAAAACAUCUUCUACGAAGGCUGUAUGAAAUUUCUUCAGACUUGUUUGCCAGAGUUUAUCAAGACAUCUGCCCCAAAUUCAUUGUUGGUCUGGAUUGUGCAACUGAGAAUUGCUCAGACUUUCAUCGACCAUUGCAACUUUUUGAGCUAAAAGGAAUUAUACGGGAUAAGGUAAAUUUAGUAACAAUCAGUGGAUUAUUAUUUGAAUCAAAAAAAUAUGCAAGUGAACUUGGCCAUGAAAUACAAGAAAUUCUAAAUGCUAAUGCAUUUCAGAUUUGCAGUAAUUUGUUACAGCUCUUAUUUCCUAAGCAUUUUCAUCUAAGACUCAUUUCAAGAAACCCAGUUCAGAGCAAACUUUUGGAAGAACUGCUAUGUAAAGCCCCAUUUUACUUUAAAAAAAUGAUGAACAAGUAUGUUGAGUCACUUUUUGAAGGUUUGGAUAACAAGACAAGAAGAGAGUCAACUGACCUUUGGCUAAAGGCCACUCAGAUUUUUACCUUGUCUUCGUACUACCAUGAUGACCUUCAAAAUUUAAUUGGACGGGAAGAACGCCAAUACAAUAGAGAAUAUGCCCGAGGAGAUGGAAAAAGGUUAGAUGGCAGAUAUGGUAUGUUGAUUCCUGACUCAUCCAGUGAAUCUAUAAGAGGCGCACACAUACAUUUCUUUCGUCUUCUAGAUGGUGCAGUGCAUGAGCUUUAUGUCAACAAAAAUCCUGAUGCAUGUAAGAAGUAUUUUUACAGAUUUAUGAAUGUUAUUGUCAAAAGAUGUGUUGAACCAUUAAUUCCUAACAUUGGAAAUACAGUAAUGCUCCUAGAAUUCCAAUGUAUUCUCUGCUUUGCUGUACUGAUGCGCUUUGAACCAAACAUUCAAGUUCUUCUUCCCAAAAGCUAUUUAUCUAUUCUCCAACAUUGGGAAUUCAUGUUUAAAAGGAAAGGAAACCGAGGUUGGCAAAAAGACACAUACUCAAUUUUGUGGAAUUUUCAUCCAAGGGAUGUGAGACUAACUACUAGACAAUUCAGGCACCAUCUUUACUACCUUGGCUCGGUUUUGUGCGGUGAAGAAAACCAAGAAUUCAAUGUUUUGCUUGAUGCUUUUAGUGACAUAGACUGCAUUUCUUCAGGAGAGGCAGAGAGAGCUUUUGUCCUGUGCAUAACCAUGGUGGCAAAUGUCAAUGUAGUUCCCCGAACAGCUGAUACAAAUCUCUUGAGGUAUGUUUCAAUGAUCCAAGAAAAAUUGAAAACUAUGAAAAUAGAAUUUCCAUCAAAAGUUUCCAAACGGCUAGUUGAUGCAGUGGAUAGAGUUGCCAUAGCUGAUACUACAGAGCAAAUGGUUGAUGUUCUCCGGUUCUUAUUGGAGGAGCGUGAUAAGGAAAGCUUAGUUGAGUGCUCUUGGAAGUGGGAUCCUAAUCCUGGUAAAGGACAAGUACGUGGAAUCUUCUUUGAUGACAAGUUCAAUUUUAAAAAGUUUGUUCAUGGUCAGCAUUCUGCGCAGGAUUUUAAAUACUCUUAUGUGGAAAACGUUCAAGAUGACAGAGUUGAUAUAGUGGCAGAACUUGCUUCAAAAGUACAGCAGAAACAAUCCGUUAUGCAGAAGUUCGAUGAGCUGCUGCUUCUUAUUUGUUUCUGCAUUAAAUGGAAGAGGGCUUACCAAUGUAGAAAGAAAAAAGAAAUAGAUGGAACUAUUCCUGACACAUUCAAAAGAGCAAAUGUUGACAGAACUCAGUGUGACCUUUGUGGAAUCAAAUUUUCAAACUUUCCUUCAUUUGCUGUCCUGUCUGAGGAAAUUGAGGAUGGCUUUAGAGAAGCACUGACCACGGCUUCAACUGAUUUGGAAGAAAGUGAAUACCUUUCAAGCGAAGUACAGAAUGUUACGCAGACGUAUGAUAGUCACAUUACCUCAGAAGAACAUCAACACCAAAGCACAGCAUAUAAUAACUACCUUCAGUUUUACAGAGUACAAGUGGAUACAGUGAUUUGUGAAGGGAAAUCUCUUAUGCACACCAUUGAGCAAACUUUAGGAGAUCAUUUGACUUCCAGGGAAGAAUUCCUUCUGGAGCAAACAAAAAUAGAAACAAAAAUUAAAGUGAUUGUGGACUUGGUGGGUGAAAUCUAUGAGAAGAAAUCUUGGAGUGAAGCUGAAGGAUUACUGGAAGGCCCUGUGAAAGAUUUAAAAACUGGAAUCUUGGCUACCGAGAACUUAAUGGAAAUAAGUAAAACACAGAUGACAAAACCUGAAGACUUACAAAAGGAAGAUGUCUUUCAAUGCGAGAUUGACUACGAAGGAUUUGAAGAACUUGAAAACAGAAAGUCAAAGAGGAGUAAAAGAAAAAAUAAGAGACAUAAAUAAUGUGAUUGUGUUCUAAUCUAGAAAAUACUAAAUUUAUUAACAAGAACCAGAAAAGCUUUUCUUCAAUUUGUGUACA